AACUGCAGCAACAGAGCUGUCAGAGCGGGGAGCCAGACACAGAGGAGGAGCGCUCUUGGACUUGACCAGUUAGGAAUUCAGGGCUUGGGACGCGUCGUCAGCCUUUGAUCCUGGCCUUGAGCAGCCUUUCAAUGCCGAAGAUGGAGCCUCUGAACAGCACACACCCCAGCACCGUGGCCUCCAGCAGCCCCCUCGAGUCCCAUGUGCCCGGCAGCGGCGGCAGCGGCAAUGGCAAUGAGUACUUUUACAUUCUGGUUGUCAUGUCCUUCUAUGGCAUUUUCUUGAUUGGGAUCAUGCUGGGCUACAUGAAAUCCAAGAGGCGGGAGAAGAAGUCCAGCCUCCUGCUGCUGUACAAAGACGAGGAGAGGCUCUGGGGGGAGGCUAUGAAGCCGCUGCCCGUGGUGUCUGGUCUGAGGUCGGUGCAGGUGCCCAUGAUGCUGAACGUGCUGCAGGAGAGCGUGGCGCCUGCGCUGUCCUGCACCCUCUGCUCCAUGGAAGGGGACAGCGUGAGCUCCGAGUCCUCCUCCCCAGACGUGCACCUCACCAUUCAGGAGGAGGGCGCGGAUGACGAGCUGGAGGAGACGUCGGAGACGCCCCUCAAUGAGAGCAGCGAAGGCUCCUCGGAGAAUAUCCAUCAGAAUUCCUAGCACCCCCGGACGUCCGCAGUCGGCUCCAUCAGCCAGCACCCUGAGAGGAAAGACAGUUUUCCAGUGUCUGGUUUCACUUUUGCAGUGCAGCUGCCACUUUGAAGAGACCUCAGCGAGCCCUUGAAUCAGGGCGGGGUGAAGGACAAGGCUCCGGCCGCGACCUCCAAGUGCCCGUGGUCUGGGUCCACCACUGAAAAAGCCCCAAAGUCGUGCCGUGUGUGCGUUGACUUUGGGGCCUGGGUGAUGGCGUUCCUGUUCAGAAUUUGUCCAGAUGAUGAACUUGCCGUUGUCCUGGGUAACUCCUGCGGCAUCUGGCCGUGCCCAGGGUAUGCUGAGGGACUAGUUUUGAUUUGCUAAUUUGCCUAGAGCUUUGUUCUAGAUCUGAUUGGCUCUAAGUAUCUCUACUGUGUACCAGUGACAUGAGUUCACAGUGAGUUAACCAGCUUCUUUUGAGGUCUUUUGGACUAAAGGGGGAAAUUUUGAUGGAAGAUUUUUGGUGGGAGAGAGCCAGACAUCUAAAUUCAGCCCAUGUGCAUAGUGUAGUGGGAGAGAAAAGCAACUUUUAAAACUGUUAACGUGGGCUGAGGUUGCAAGAGAUGAUCUGCUAUUUUGUCCAUUUGUCUCACCUAUGACCUUGAACUCUCUGACGUGUGACCAUCCAGCAUCUUCUGGAUCUUUCCAGAAGGGGUGAUGGUGGGGUUGAACAAGGCCAGGCUGUUAGCUCUGCUGCUGCUCAUUUUCCCAGCCUGGUUUCUCUGAGCUGGGAGAGGAUAUAACUGAGGGCCUCCCACUGUGGGAUUUCGUCACGUAGCUGAGACCUGGAAGGGCAUUCUCAGGCGUCUGCACAAAACUGGGGGCCAAGUUCUGUGCUUCCUGAUCACGGGCCCUGACGCUCGUUUGCUUGUGUGGUCCUGGGCAUGUCAUCAAGAGGCUCACUGCCUUCAUGAGGCUGAAGUCCCAGGGGGCUGGGAGGGUGUCUUUAGAUUUUAGGACUGUGUGAUAAAUCCUGCAUGGCUUGGUGUGAGGAAGCUUGGACCACAUAGUUCCCCUUUGGCCAGUUAGUCUAGAAUCUGCUGAUUUAAAGGAGCAGUUGGAGACACUCAGAACACAUGUAAUGAGCAGUUCAGGGCAAGUCAGCAACCCAGCCCUGCUGUGGGUUUUCUAGGAUCGAGCCAGAGACGGAUACCAUAUUUUUUCUGCAAGGUUCUCUGAGUGUUGGGAUGUUCACACCCCCAGCAAAGGGAAAGAGUGGUCUAAAUCAAAGCACUCAGAACCGCAUGCCGGUGUCUCCAGUAUUGCUGCGGUCAAUAUCUUUGCAGCAGAUCUUGGAGGCUGCUGAAGAUAAGGAGGAAGCACAAAACACCAAAAUGUCAAACUUAAUUCUAGUUAAAAAAAAAAUGCCCUUAAAAAAUAAAUAAAAGCCUCAGAACUCUCCUUGCCUUGGAGAUCCAUCAGUAAUGACUGUUCCCAAGGAAGGGUUAACAGUGUAGGAGCUGGUUUAUCAGUUCACUUUGACACAGAGUUAGAAGAGAUUUAUGUUUGGGGAAAACGGCCCUCCGUUCACUUUAAAUUCAGUGUGUGGAUUUACUCCAAAGGGGGCUGUUUAAGUUGAAAGAAGCCAAGUUAAGUUUGGCCCCUUGCCUGGAAUCACUUGAAUUCUGAAACUUUACUGCGACGGACAUGUGCGUUGUCACAUUUUCCAUUGCUUAAUCCUGAAGUUUGGCGUAGUCUAUCUGCGCCUAUUAAAACGUGAUGUAUAGACUUCCUUCUUAUUCUAUUGAGUUGUAUAGAAUUGUUGUUUGUAUUUAACAGUUUGUAAGUUUCACAAUAUUUUUUAAUUUAAAUAAACACAUUUC